AUGCCGCAGGUGGGAAUGAUGUUCGUCCUGGUCCUCGUCGUUGGAGUGUGUGCGGACGCUCAAGACCCGGCUUCCAAGGUGGUGUCCGACCGCUACGCCGUCUUCUGGAACCGCACCAACCCCAGGUUUUACCGGGGGGAUUACCACAUUGACGUCUGCAUAAAUGACUACCUUGACGUCUACUGCCCACAUUACAUCAGCCCAGUAUCUGAUGAGAGGGCCGAGCGCUACGUGCUCUACAUGGUGAACUACGAUGGCUACAGCUCAUGUGACCACACCGCCAAGGGCUUCAAGCGUUGGGAGUGCAACAGGCCUUUAUCUUCAAAUGGACCACUCAAGUUUUCUGAAAAGUUCCAGCUCUUUACACCCUUCUCAUUAGGCUUUGAAUUUCGUCCUGGCAGAGAGUACUACUAUAUCUCUUCCCUCACUGACGCCAAAGGAAGAAGGAGCUGCCUCCGACUCAAAGUAUUUGUUAGGCCACAAAACAAUUGUGUGCGCAACUCUGGUAGCGUUGAGGAAGGAAUCGACUUUGAUGAAAACAGUCACAACAGUCUAGAACCAAGAGAUGACAUCAGUCAUGAGUCACCGGAGCCUUCACGAAGCGACGUGAACUCUGCCGUCCACUGCUGCAAUUCCGUGCUGCUUCUCAGUUCCAGCCUCAUACUCCUGGCAGCUAUCUUGUGCUUAUAG